AUGAGUCAGAGAAGAAGAGAGAGUGCUCUAAAUUUUGAAGAAACCUAUAAUGGUUUUGGAGAACAUGAGCUGGAAGAGAACGAUUACUUGAAUGACGAGACCUUCGGUGCAGACAUUGAAGUUGGUACCGAUUUUGAUUUCGGCCACCCUGGCAAGGCUGCCACUAACAAUAAUGUUCCUGCACAAGCAAGUGUCAUGCCUCAAAGAUCCUAUGUUACCGCGGCAUCAUCCGGUAUUAAUAAGCCAGGUCAACAAAAUGUUGAUGCCUCAAUGGAUUUGAAGCCAAUGGAGUCAUUGUGGGGUGGACAAACUGAAGCAAGACCGGAAGAGCCUGUAUUGUCAAUGGAGGAAAUUGAGAGACAGCAACGUCAGAUGCAACAACAGCAGCAUCAAGGUCCACAUGGCCCAAUGCCUCCAAUGCCCAUGAUGCCCCCAAACAUGCCUCCUCCAAACAUGGCCAUGCCUCCUCCAGGUUAUGGUCCUAUGCCAGGUUAUCAAUAUCCAAUGAAUGUCAAUCCUAGCAUGUUCCAAGGCCCACCACCUCCAAAUAUGGCUAUGCCUCCUAUGCAGCCUAGUCAAGGUGGUCAGCCUAUGCAGCCUGGUCAAGGUGGUCAGCCUAUGCAACCACCUCAGAGGAUGCCAAUGCCUCACCAACCUGAGCCACCUGUUCAGUCUCCUAUGUCAGCUGUUCAACAAUCCUCCGGUGUUUCAACUCCUCAACAGUCAGUGAUCUCUAGUUCGGCAUCACCAGCUAAUAGUAAUCAAGCAGCUCUGCAUCAAGAACAAGGCCAGCAAAACCUAGCUUUCCAACAAGAUGAACAAAGCCAGCAACAUCAACAACAACAGCAAUACUACCAACGUAAUAGAUUCAAUAAUCAAAACAACAACAGAGGAAAUCAAAGAAGAGAGCCAUUGUCUCCUGAAGAGAAAAUGAGAUUGCAAAUUCGCCACGCCAAGGUUGAAAAGAUUUUGAAGCAUGCUGGUUUGAUGACUCCAAGGGACAAGGAUUUCAUUACACGUUAUCAACUAUCCCAAAUUGUCACUGAGGAUCCGUACAACGAGGACUUCUAUUUCCAGGUUUAUAAGUUAAUUCAAAGAGGAGGUGUUGCUGCUGAAAGCAACAAAGGUCUAAUUGCCAGAGCUUACUUAGAGCAUUCCGGUCAUAGAUUAGGUGGUAGAUACAAGCGUGCUGAUAUUGCUUUGCAGAGAAUGCAAAGUCAAGUUGAAAAGGCGGUUACUGUUGCCAAGGAAAGACCUCAAAAAAAUAAGGACGUUGACAGCGUCCGUGAAGGUGUCUUGGGUAAGAUUUCCACAACUAUGAACAGUAAAGCACCAAGAAGACAAUUGGCCAUUCCAUCCCAUAAAUCAAACGAAGAUAUUGCAUUCUCUGAUGAUGGUAAGCUUUCUCGUGAUUCAACUCCAGCCCUUGAAGAAGUUACUAGGAACCUAGACAGUGUUGAUUUGAACGCCCACUCGAGAACUAGAAGAAGAUCAUCAUAUGCCUUCUCCUCUAUCGACCACAACUCAGUCCUAAGCCGUUCAGGUGGUAGAAAGUUUGUUCUUUCUUUAAUCGAAACUGUUUAUGAAGAGGUUUUGGACUUGGAAGCUAACUUGAGAAAUGAUAAGGAAACAGAUAGCACUGCAUUGUGGGAGACUCUUCAUAUUGAUGAUGAAGUCUAUGAGGUUUGUCCAUUCAUUUCAAUGCUAUCCUUUGACAAAGGUGUGAAAAUUAUUCCACGUAUUUUCAACUUUUUGAGUAAGCAACAAAAAUUGAAGCUACUCCAAAAGUUCUUCAGUGAAUUAUCUCAUUUAAACAUCAUUAUCUUGAGUUCAUAUAAGACCAAUCCAGACCCUACUGAGUCUCAACUAAAGAAAAUGGAUUUAUUCCAAACUGUUUUCCUAAAGAUUAUAGUUUCCUUCUUAUCCUCCAGCUCCAGCUUUAUUGAAAUUAUGGGUUUAUUGUUGUAUUUGAUUAAGAAUAACAACGUCUCAUUCAUUUCUACAUCAAAGAUUGGUCUAAACUUAAUAACUGUGUUAAUAUCAAGAGCAGCUUUGAUUAGACAAGACUCUAACAGAAGUAAUGUUUUGUCAUCUCCAGAAAUUUCUACAUGGAAUGAAAUUUACGACAAACUAUUCACAGCUUUGGAAAGUAAGCUAUCUGCAGUUUUCCCACCUAAAGAAUAUUGUGAUAAAGUCGUUAAGAUUCAAACUGCAAAUGCUGGUCUUUCACUAGCAGCUAACCCUGUUAGUAACAAGUUCUAUGAUCAAGCAUAUAUAUGGCAAUUUUUGGCUUCUCUGGCAUUAAGUGGUAAGCUAAAUCACCAGCGUAUAAUAAUAGAUGAGGUCAGAGAUGAGAUAUUUGGCACUAUUAAUACCGCUGAGCAAUUGAAGAAGCUACCUACUGAAGAUCAAAAUGGCUCGUUGUACAGACGAGAAAAGCUGUACCAGGACCUAAAUUUAUUCUUGAACGUUAUGGGCUUGGUAUCAAGGGAUGGUGAGAUCAUGGAAUUAAAAUAG